AGCCUUGGUGGGUGACGUAUACAGGAAACAGAUUCCCAAAGAGUCUGAAUGGACCUUCUUUUCUCGGUUGUUUCUAAAACAAAGUUUGUUUUUUACCGCUCAGAGUUAUGCAAACGUGGAGUUUGGUAUCAAUUAGCGUUUUACUCGCUGUCGUGGUGAGAUGGAGCGUGUCAUUAAACUCAUAUUCAGGUGCAGGUAAACCCCCCAUGUUCGGUGACUAUGAAGCCCAAAGACACUGGCAAGAAGUGACCUACAACCUUCCUCUGCAACAAUGGUACUUUAACACCACUGACAAUGACUUAAACUACUGGGGUCUUGACUACCCUCCUCUCACCGCUUACCACAGCUGGCUCUGUGCUUAUGUAGCAAAGCUUAUAAAUCCUGAAUGGGUGGAGCUGCACAGAUCCAGAGGCUUUGAAAGUCCUGCCCACAAGUUAUUCAUGAGAGCUACAGUGUUGGUGACAGAUGUGUUGAUAUACAUCCCUGCAGUUGUUUUAUACAGUUUUUUCCUGACUGGUGGUUCAACUAAAAAAAGGGUUUCUGUUCUUCUCAGCAUUCUUCUUUACCCCGGACUAAUUCUCAUUGACUAUGGUCAUUUUCAGUAUAAUGGAGUGAGCCUGGGCUUUGCGCUUUGGGGGAUUCUGGCUCUCGGGCUGAGCUGGGACAUGUUAGGCUCCAUUGCCUUCUCUCUAGCUCUCAACUACAAACAGAUGGAGCUGUACCAUGCACUGCCCUUCUUCUGUUACCUUCUUGGAAAGUGUGUCAAAGCUGGGCUACUCGGCCGUGGGUUUAUGCUGUUGGGGAGAAUUGCUGUCGCCGUGUUGGUGACUUUUGCCCUCUGCUGGCUUCCUUUCCUGGCUGACCCCAGUCAGGCCUUGCAGGUGGUGAGGAGGAUCUUUCCCGUGGCCCGUGGGUUAUUUGAGGAUAAGGUGGCCAACACAUGGUGCAGCCUAAACACCCUGAUAAAGAUCAGAUCCAUUCUGACAGGCGACUCUCAGCUUUACCUCAGUUUGGCUUUAACUCUCUUAGCGGCGCUACCAUCCUCUAUUAGAGUGCUGAUGAAGCCCACCUUCUGGCACUUUAAACUAGCUUUGGUCAAUUCAUCUCUGGCCUUUUUCCUUUUCUCCUAUCAAGUCCAUGAGAAGUCCAUCCUGUUGGCUGCCCUCCCAGUUUGUCUCCUCUUGAAUGAAUUUCCAUUUAUGAGUAUUUGGUUCCUGCAGGCCUCAACAUUCAGCAUGCUUCCUCUUUUCCUGAAAGACGGCCUGCUGGUACCCUAUACUGUGACCUCAGUGGGGUAUCUCUUCCUAACAGUCUACUUAUUGUCUGCUCUGGAUGAAUCAUCGGAGGAGCUUGGGACCUAUAGCAAGCUCUUUUUCUUUCUGCCAUCAAAAUACCUGGCCUGUAUAAUAAGAUGGAAGUUCUACAUCAGCAUUGCUCUCAUGGCUGUUUUGAGCAUCCUGAGCGUAGCUUUGGAGCCACCAACACAUCUACCCGACUUGUUUCCUGUCCUGGCGUCAACGACCGCCUUCCUGCAAUUCUUGGGAACAUUUCUACAUUUUAAUAUCGUCCAGUUCAACGAGCCCAGCAAGAAAAACCAAAAGAAAAACAAAUAAGCUUGAUUUUCCUAGGAAAUGGAAAUGGGGUAAUAUUGGCUCUGUUUAUUUAUGCUGGGCACGAGGCUUUUAUCACACUGUCUGCCAAACAGAAAACGGUUUCUUAUCAAAAGUAUCUGUAUUAUCAAUGACUAUAAGAUCAAGUAAAGGGAAAUAUUUUUUUAUAUUUUUUCUUUGUGGACCAACAAGGCAAGUGAAAUACUUUUGUAAAAAAAACAAACCAUGUAAUUGUUGACAUGUAAUGCAUAUUUCCUCAUGCAGGUAUUUGCAGCCUAGAUACGAGGAGUUUUUCAAAGCCAGAAUGAUAAAACCCUCUGGGGUUUUGAUUUGCUUGUGCUGUUACUGUUCAUUUAGUCUCUGUCUGGGCUGUAAGGAAUGAAUGCACAUUGAUGAGUUUUGUAUCCAUUCCAACCUUCCAUUGUUUUCUACUGUGCAUUAAAGUUACUUUGAACAAA